GCUCUGCGGGCUUUCAAGCUGUGGCCCCCAACCACUCAACCGACCAGUCCUCCCAAAAACACAAACGAAACACAGAACACAAGAUCUGGCCAGGACAAGCCAUAUACUAAUAUACCUGAUACCGUACUAUCGUACUACUAGCUCCCCUCCCAUUGAAUUGUCGUAAUUAUGGUGAAAGCCCCUUCAUCUCAUGGCUUGGACCGCAAGUAUCGUUCCUGGCGAAAGGGGAAGAGUGCCAAGGCGAAAAAGCAGGGAUCUCUGAAGCAUCAGCUGCGCGGGCAAGAACGACUCCUGGCGCAGGUCCUCAAACGAAACGAAGACCAAGGACGAAUUCAAGAAUUGCAGCAACGAAUCCAGGCAAUCAAGGAUGAAGUUGCCGAAAAGGAAUCCAAGGAGGUUGUACGGCAAAACUCCAAGCGUUCCCAUGGAACUCGCUUUUUGGAUCGUCAACGAGCGACCCGGUUAGAGCGCACUGCUCGCAAUGCGAAGAAUACCCAAGAGUUGACCCGAAUUGCACUGGAUAUGAUUUACGUUGCUCAUUUUCCGCAUCAACAACAAUCGUAUCGACCUUUAUAUCGAAAUGGGAAAAAGCGAUGGCUGAUACAUCCCGUUUCUCGUGCCAUGAUUCGACAAAAAAUCAUUCAGGAUCUGAAAGAAAACAAUAAGAAUUCCUUCGAACGAGUCAAAUGGAUUUCACAAGACAUGUACGAACGAGUACCGUCCGAAUGGUCUGUGGCUCAGGAAUUGGAGUUGUUUGAUUAUCCAAAGGGAGACGGCAAAGACAAAAAGAAGGAAACCACUCAAGACAACCGAUUUGCGAUCAGUAGUGACCACGACAAAUUCUUGGAAAUGGCCAAUCAACUGGAAUCCAAAUUGGACAAGGACGUGCCACAAAAGAAGAAGGAAGAAACGUCUGACAGUGAUUCCAGUAGUGACGACGACGAGGAAGAGCCCAAGAAAGCAUCUGGAAAGCGACCACCAAAGGAUCCAUCGAAACGACAAAGAGAAGAAGAUGGCUCUGAUGAUAGCUCGUCAAGCAGUGACAGUGACAGCAGUGAAGACAUAUCCAAGUCUGCUGCGCCCUCCACGAAGGAGAAUCAAACCACAAAACCAAUGAACAAAGAGCCUGAGUCAAGCAGUAGUUCAGACAGUGACAGCUCUAGUGACAGCAGCAGCGACGACAGCUCUAGCGACGACGAGGAUCAAAAGGUGACAUCCAAUCGCAACAACAACGACAACAAGAACAAUCCACUCAAAAAGGUUGGACCAGACAAGAACAAACAAGAGGAGAAGGACAGCGAUAGUGACGACGACUUUUUUGUCGCUGCUAGUGCAAAGAAAGACGAAGAUAUUGCCGUGUUUGACCGCGUCCAGGGCAAGGAAGAGCACAUGCUAGCGGCAGAGGACCCCGCUCGCGGAGACAAGAGCCAGGGUUGGGCUACCCAACGACAACGCCCAGGUCAAUUUAAGAAGAAACGAGUUCGUCGUUGAUCUUUUGAAGCUAAAACAAGUGCUAUUGUAACAUUACAGAUAUAAAUACAAUGGUCGGCCAUUUCUUGCUAUGCUCCAAUUUCUGCA